AUGCUGCAAUGUCUCUCUCUGAAAUCAUCGUCGUCAACAACCUCAAUCUCACCAGCUGCUGCAGCUGCGGCUCCCGAUAUCCAUUCUCAUCCUCCCCCACCUCCCCGAUCGCAAGGAGGAACGAGCUCUGAGGCCUCGCCCUCCGCCACUCUCACCCACGAGUACGGGCUCGCCGUCCAAACCCAGUCCUACAAUGAGAUUUGGUCUAGGAUUCAUGAGGUCCAUGACCACCACCACCAUGAUGAGGUGGAGGGGGACUCGGAGGAAGAGAACCACCACGAGAGGCAGAGGCAGAGGCAGCGGCUUCUUUUGGAGCAAGUGCUUCAGCCCAACCGACAGUGCGUGGAAGAGGCACUUCGCCAAGCCAAGCCCAACUCCCUCACCCGUCUGGUCUCUGACUACUUCGACCAGAGCGAAAACACCACCCAAGUAUGCCUCAUGCUCCACCGCUACGUCUAUCGAGCGCGUAAGCUCUAUGCGCCUCUCUAUCAACUCCUCGACGUUGUACAAUCGGAGGAGGAGUCUCUGAGCCUUAACCUCAGCCAAUCCCAGUGCAGUCGGGCCUUGGAAGUCUUUCUCCAAUUCGACCGCCAUGACAACCCCUUCCCUUCCCCUGACGACUCCGACUCCGACAAUUUCGACGACAUGCUCCGCUGCUUCUCCCAGCUCAAGCACCAGCUCGACGCCCGCCUCCGCUCCUCCCGCUCCAGAAUCCGCCUCCUUCGCCGCGCCACUCUUGCCUCUGCCCUCUGCUUCAUUGGCACUGCCCUCGGAGUCGCCGUCUCUGCCGUCGCCAUGACUGUCCAUGCCCUCACUGCCGCCCUCGUCGUUGUUGCAGGGCCACCUUUGUGCUGCACUCCCACCGCCACUGGCAAUGGCGCUGGCUCCUCUUGUUGCAGUUGCAGCAGCAACAGCAUGAUGACUGCCAUUGAGAAGAAGGAGGUUGCCCAUAUGAAGCAACUUGAUGCUGCCGCCAUGGGUACUUGUGUCCUCAACAAUGAUCUUGCCACCAUUGACCGCCUUGUUCGCCGUCUACACACGGCGGUGGAGGGAGACAAGCUUCUGAUUCGCCUUGGAUUGGAGAGGGGCUCUGUCACUGGAACUGCCACCGACAAGCAUCCGAUUCAGGAGGUGCUCAAACAGCUGAGCAAGAGCCACCCCAAUUUCCUCCGACUCCUCAACGAACUUGAGGAGCAUAUAUGCCUCUGCUUUAACACCGUCAACAGGGCCAGGUCGAUGCUUCUCCAACACAUGUCUAGUCUAGUCUACUCCUCCUGA